AGGCGCAUACUACAACUUAGUCAACACGCAGUCUUCAGCAAAUGACUUCCCCCAGGAAUAUGAGGAUGAUGACGAUCCCAUCACCACUUUCGAUGAUAGAAAAGCAUCUUCAAUGAAAGGCAGCAUAAUGAUGGAGGACAUGAUACCAGUCGAGGAAAGUAACACAACGUCCCUUAUGGCGAUACUGAAGGUGAACAGGCCAGAAGGUUGGAACAUCGCCCUGGGUUGCAUUACAUCGUUGAUUAUGGGCGCGACCAUGCCAGUUUUUUCGAUACUUUUCGGCGACAUUCUUGGUGUUCUGGCUCUACCGAACGACGAUGACAUUUUAACGGAAAGUAAUAAAUAUGUAAUAAUGUUCGUGGUUACUGGUACCAUAACCGGAAUUGCUACGAUCUUGCAGAUUUACAUGUUUGGUGUUGCCGGCGAGAAGUUGACGAUGAGGUUGAGGCAGAUGAUGUUCGGGGCGAUGUUGAGGCAGGAGAUGGGUUGGUUUGAUGACACGGAGAACGGCGUCGGAACACUUUGCGCCAAGUUGUCGGGGGAGGCUGCCAACGUGCAAGGGGCAACUGGUCAACGCAUCGGGACAAUCUUUCAAUCGGUAGCGACCUUGGGAAUCUCCGUAGGAGUAUCUAUGUACUUUGAAUGGAGAUUGGGGCUUGUCGCGCUAACGUUUACGCCAUUUAUACUCCUCGCCAUUUUCUUCGAAGGACGUUUCGUCAAGACAGAAAAUGAGAACCGUCACAAAACUCUCGAAAGAUCCACCAUGAUUGCAGUGGAAGCUGUUGCUAACUUACGCACCGUAGCAUCUUUGAACGCCGAAGACAUUUUCUAUAACAAAUACUGCAACGAACUAAUGCCCCAGUACCGGAACGCGCUUCGCAACACCCACGUUAGAGCUAUUGUGCUCGGCUUAGCGCGUAGCAUCAUGUUCUUUGCCUACUCCGUUUGCAUGUACUACGGAGGCACACUCAUUGUAGACGAAGGAAUGGCGUUUGAGAAGGUUUUUAAAGUAUCGCAAGCUUUAAUCAUGGGAACCGUAUCAAUUGCGAAUGCCUUGGCAUUUACACCAAACUUCCAAAGGGGCAUUACAGCCGCAGAAAAAAUAUUUAACUUUGUCAAUCGGGUGCCCAAGGUGAUCGACUCCCCCAAUGCAAGCGCCCCAGAUUGGAAUCCAGGCAACAUAAACUAUUCGCGCAUCGGAUUCUCCUACCCCACUAGGUCAACAGUUCGCGUCUUGAGAGGUUUCGACCUUUCCAUUGUCGCAGGUAAGACGGUCGCCUUGGUCGGCCCGAGCGGGUGCGGCAAAUCCACAGUUCUCCAACUGCUGGAGCGAUACUACGAUCCGCUCCAUGGUAAUGUGUCAGUUGAUGACGAUGACAUCAAGGAAAUGAAGCUGAGCUGCUUGAGAUCGCAGCUGGGCGUGGUUUCACAAGAGCCAAACCUGUUCGAUAAGACGAUAGGGGAGAACAUCGCGUACGGUGAUAAUAGCCGGGUGGUUCCCGAAGCGGAAAUUAUCGAGGCUGCCAAAAACGCCAACAUUCACAACUUCAUCACCAGCUUACCGUUGGGGUACUCCACCAGAUUGGGCGAGCGCGGAACUCAGCUGUCCGGUGGCCAAAAGCAACGCAUCGCCAUCGCGCGCGCCCUCGUCCGGAAACCAAAGGUUCUACUCUUGGACGAGGCCACCUCUGCGCUCGACAGCGAAAGUGAAAAGGUCGUUCAAGAGGCUCUGGAUUCCGCACGAAAGGGUAGGACGUGCAUAAUAAUUGCGCAUCGGCUCAGUACGAUUCAAGACGCCGACGUGAUCUGCGUAAUAGAUCAGGGAGUCUGCGAAAUGGGCACACAUGCAGAGCUACUGCAACAAAGGGGCAUAUACUAUACAUUGCAACGGUUACAAAAGGGAAAGGGUGUUUAGAUUAUUAAUUAUUAUUUAAUUUGUCGACGGAAUAUGCGAGAAGACAACAAAAUGAUUCGGCUCAAAGGAUCAAUUGUUUACUAAUAA